UCUGGUCUGGGCCUUGCCGAACGGGCGGGAGGCCGCGGGGGUUAUGUUGGAGCCGGAACAGGAGCAGUUUCAGUGUCAGGGAGAGCAGCGGCACUGCUGUGUUGGUAAUGGCUCAUUAUAGCCCGGUGUCAGCUUGUCAGAAAAACGAACGCUUCAGGAGGAAGCCCCCGCCAUGUCGUUGGUCUGUGGGCAGGAAACGAGGAGCCGACGGCAAACUGCGGAGAAUGGGCGACUCGGACUCCACCGUGUUUGAGGAUGAGAUCAAGGAGUGGGACGAUUCUCCAUCUUGGCCAGAUGACAGAGUCUCCAGUUUCACAACACCAGAAGGUGACGGAGCAGUCCCCAGAUGUGGUUCUGCAGAUUGGGGUACUGCAGUUGAAGAUGAAGAAACAAGACAGACUGUUUAUCGGGAUUUGAAAAGAUACAAAAGACGUCUCUUGCUCAGCGAUUUUAAUGAUCAUGAAAAGGAUUACUCUUCUGAAAGCUCGAGUGGCUCCAGAGAAUCACUGGCACCAUCAGAACUUGAAACUGAUGAAGUAGUAUUGAUGAGAAGACAGAAGCAAAUCAACUAUGGAAAGAAUACUAUUGCAUAUGAUAGAUUCAUUCAGGAAGUCCCCAAACACCUUCGGAAGCCAGGUGUUCAUCCAAGGACUCCCAACAAAUUUAAGAAAUUCAGUCGUAGAUCCUGGGACCAGCAAAUUAGGUUGUGGAGAAUUGCACUGCAUGCUUGGGAUCCACCAGCAGAAGAAGGCAGUGAUUUACAAGCAGUUACGGAGUUUGACUUUGAUAUGGAAACAGAAUCUGUGAACAGCUCAAGUGGGAGUCGAACAAGCCUCCAUGAUGAAAGAGGAUGCACUCCCACCAACACACGCGCGCCAUCCCCCCAGAUAUCUUCCUCCGCUCCAACCAGGGAAUUUGUGUACCCUAAUGUGGGCAAAGAGUUUGAUUUGCAAGCUUGUUUAGCUGAAACUAAUGAAGUUGGUUCUUGGUUAAACUAAAGGAGGCUGCUUGCAAUUGAGAACGUUAUCUUGAUGGACCAGGUCUACAAAUGCUGUGAUGAUCUCACCCUUUAAAGGGUUUAAUGUCUUUUGCUUUGUCCAUAUUCGUAUGCCAGUGUGCAGAUUUGUUUGUAAUUUGCAGUCCAGCAAAUCCAUUAACGUAAUUGCUUUUUUGUUAUCUAAGAAAUAUGCUCUCUGACAACGUGUCCAAAAUCCAAUGUUAAUGUUAGAUCUUAUCCUUAAAAUAUUUUACUUGGGUUAAUUUGACCCCCCCCGUGAAUUUCUUAAUGAGAUAUGGCUAUCUGAACAACCUGAGGCAUGUGGAUGAAGUUGUGUGAUUGCAGAUUUGAGCCUUUUUGUCUAUUUCUAUAUAAGAUUGAUACAGAGGUGGGAAUAUGAGAACUAAGCCUAUUUCUAACCUGUAGUUGCUAGAUUAUUCCAUUGUUAUGUUUUCAGUGUUUAUUCUUGGAGCAGUCUCUGUUAUCUUGAUCAAAAUCAAAUGGAAUGGGUGCUAAUUGCUACAGUUUCCCAUUUGACAUUGAAUAAAGUUAAUAAGUUUUAAAUUUUGGGAAUGUUUAACCUGUGAAUUUUAAAAUACUGUCACUGUUCGUGACUUAACAGAUCUGCAUAAAAGUAAUCCACUGACGCAUGUCUAAUUUGUUAAUGGAAAACUGUAAAACUCUUUUGUACUGAUUUUAUUUUGUAUUUAAAGCAACUUGUCUUGCAUGUAGCCAGACUCCACUUAGAUGUCAUAGAUAUUUGAAAUUAUUUGCUAUUGGAAUAUAAAUUGUUGAACUUAGCAUUUUUAAUAUUUCUAGUUUUUUGUAAAUCUGCAGCUAUACAAUAAAA